AUGAUGGAUUCUGCACUGAAGUUCCACCUGGCGCAGCAAAUCUCAAAAUCACUUCACAAAGCAAUGAUGAAAUUUAAAAAAGUUUCAUUUCAUAAAGAAAGGCUUCAGCUUUAUGCCAUUCCUAUACACUCAACAAUAAUUCAACGAACAAGAAAUAUCAUCCAAUUCUUCAAUCUAAUUUGCGCUAGCUGCACUAAGAAAUCAAGUCAUGACAAGAAAAUAAAUUAA